UGUAGAACUCAAAACAUAAUUUACACAGAGAGAGAGAGAGAGAGAGAGAGAGAGAGAGUAAUGUGGAUAUAUUGGCCUUAAAUCUUAUAAUAAGACGGGAGAGAGAUCAGUGUGUGUGUGUGUGUGAGAGAGAGAGAGAGAGAGAGAGAGUUCAUGAGAGUCGGACUAGGAAGGAAACGAGGAGUGGACCGAGGAUUUGGGCGAGAAAUGAGACAGAAAAAAAUUGUUCCUAGUACUUCAAGAUUUUCAGGGUUUGAAUUUUGAAUAAAUAUAGGUUUUCUAUUUUUUUUUGGUUUUCGUUCAUAUUUGUAUCUGAUCUGUGUCUCAGACAGACAACUGGGUUUGAGAAAAAUCAGAAACCUCUCAGAUUCUCUCUAUACAUUCUUUGCUCUCUCUCUCUCUCUCUCCCUCUUCAAUCUUUGCUGAAAACUUGGCUAGGCUUUUGGGUUUGUUCCUCAAAUUUCCAUAACCUGCGACAUUUUAGGUAACUUUUUCCAGCUUCGAUUCUUCAAAUUCCUCUAGAUUUUGAUUUCAAAGUAAUGGGUUAAUCUCAAAAGUCAACUGGUUCGCUCUCUCUUUCUCUCUGAAUCUUUGUAUUUGCUUCAAAUUCUUUGAAAAGUUGUUGGAAGAAAACAAAAGAAAUGGCACAAGACCAAAAGUAGAAGUAUUAGCAUUACGGGGGAAUGAAAAACAAAAGCUUGAGGAGUCUUUCUCUGUAUCUUUGCAUCUGCGUUUGUUUUAUACUUUCUGGAAAUCAGUAAAUGGAAAAGAAGAAGAAUGGAUCAAGACGACCAAACCCAAAAGUGUAGCAGCAGCAGCGGCGGCGGUGGUGGUGGCAGCGGUAGAUCUUCCAAAAAGCCAAAGCAAAAGAAAGCCCCACAGAGAGGACUUGGCGUGGCGCAGCUUGAAAAGAUCAGACUAGAAGAACAGCAAAAGAAAGAUUCAGCUGUGAUUUUGUCACCGCCACCACCUUCAGUAUCACCAACCAAAUCUCCCUUUGUAUCUUUGCCGAUUCCCAAUUAUCACCACUCUAAUCCAUCUCCAUCCUCUAAUAUUGCACUGUUUCCUUCUCCAUCCCCGGCCGAUUCUUCGUCGCCAAACUUGAUGAUCCGGCCACCUCAACCGGUCCAACAAAACAUCCUCGUAAGGAAUUCAGCCACCGGUCCAUUGACAACUGGGUUCGAUGCCGGAUGGUCGGGGAUUUCGGUUCCUGGGGUGGAUCCAGGAUUGGCUUUUCGGUCGAAUUUGAAUCUGCCUUAUGAAUCCGACAACCCUAUUUGGCCUCCCACUGGCUUGAUGAUGCCAAGAACACAACAAUAUCUGCAACCUUCUCAUUCAAUGGUGAAUGUCUCAUCAGGGACUUCAUCAUCAUCCGUACUAAAUUUUCGGAUGGAGCCCCCUUCAAACCAAAGCUCUUAUAGCAACUUCGCCCCUGUUUGGCCUGAGGAAGAGAAGAUGGUUGGCAUGAAGAGGUCAUAUCCCUUCUCUCUAGAGAACCCACCAAGCCCCUCUUUCAACUUCAAUUUACCUGACAUUGUUGCUCCUAUCAGAUCAGAUGAAUCAGCUUCAUGUGGAAAUGAAGCCACCUUUAAUUUCGAUGGCAGCAAUACCAUUUUCAGAGAGGGGCCUUCAUGCUCAACUUCCAACUGCAAGCUGAAUUCAAACAAAAGCAUCAGAGAAAAUGAGGUUGUCCAUGGAGAUUUUCUCAAACUAGCUCCUCCUACGACCACUUUAAAGUUGAAGCACCAUUCAGCCUGUCUUGACUCUCAUAACCACAAAUUUCCUGAUUUUGAUUCACUACCUUAUCAAGAAAGUGCGGAAGGCCGGCCAAUUAUCCGGCCGGGACAAAGUCAGUUCAAUGGACAUCGACCCUUUUAUAGCUUCUUGCCACCAGCACCGGCGCAAAUAGGCCAAGCAACACCCACCAUCAACAAUUGUAAUGGUGAAGAAGGCGAAAGCAUUGAUCUCAAUUUGAAGUUAUAAAUGCCUUGGCCUUUUUGUCUCUGCUCAACGAUUUUGUUAUCCGAAUUGCUAGCGAGAGAAUCUCAAUUUGCUAGCAAUCUGAGCAAAGAAAUUGCUGAAAAUCCGAACCCGUCGCUACCCAUGUCUUGAAAUGUUUUGUUUGGCAGGGUGGUUGCUGCUGUGUAUCAUUUUGGUUCUUCUUUUGAACAUUUUACAAUAGGGUACAUGUAUAAAUGUAUCUAGAUUUGCAUAUGCAAGCUUGAGUACAAAGGAACCCCAAAUCUUGGGCCAUGUGAGGGUAAGAUAGAGAGAUGUAGAUUUGUUUUAUUUUGAUGAAGUCAUGGGUUUUGUGGUUU